CGUUAGCCAAACUUCCGGAUGUCAGUAUUAGGCGAGAGUGAAAUGGUGGAAUGGACGGUUCAGAAAGUGUAACAAAAUUAUAACACAGGCUCAUCAUGGUACAGAAGUACCAAUCACCCGUCAGGGUGUAUAAACACCCGUUUGAGCUUGUGAUGGCGGCCUAUGAGAAACGUUUCCCAACAUGUAAAAUGAUACCUGUGUUUCUCGGGAGUGAUAUAAUAUCAGAGACAAAAAGUAAAGAUGGUGCAGAGCAUGUUGUAGACAGGAGAUGUCGACUUAAUGUGGAUGCUCCAUACAUCCUGAAAAAGAUUGCAGGAGUCGAUCAUGUGGUUUUCCGACAAGUGAAUGCCUUGGACAGACGCUCUCGAACACUCAGGAUAGACGCUCACAACGAGAGUUUCUCCAGCAGGGUCAUCGUUAAAGAGAGCUGCUUCUACUCUGUUCACCCUGAGAAUCCAAACUGGACGUGUUUUGAACAAACUGCUAGUCUUGAUAUCAAAUCAUUCUUCAACUUCGAGCACAUGGUGGAAAAGAUUGCCAUGAAACAAUAUGCUGCAAAUAUCAAAAAGGGUAAAGAAGUCAUUGAGUAUUACAUCAAUGAAUUGAUCAGUGAGGGAGUGACAUAUAUCCCUCCUUGGGCCCCAGAGAAAGUUCAGUCCCAGGAAAUUGAUAUUCCCAGUUCUGAAGAUACCCCUUCCCAGGACAGCGGUCUACGGAGUCGUACCAACAGUACCGCCAGUCAACAUAGCCGUGAGAGCGUUUCUAGUCUCGUCCUGGGAGCUUCAGCAGCCACAAUCAAAUCUCCUGUCUCUGAUGGUCCUUCCUCUCCAGAUAAGCUGGAGGAUGUGUACAUUGAGAGAUACUUAGGAAAUCUAUCUUUAGUACAGGAGAGUGCUCUUGUACAACUCCAGCAAUGGUUACAGAAAACUCACAAGGGAAAGAUACCAAAAGAUGCUCAUAUAUUACGGUUCCUGAGAGCCCGAGAGUUCAGUGUUGAGAAGGCUCGGGAGAUGUUGGUCCAUUCCUUGGCCUGGAGAAAACUACACAGUAUUGAUAAACUGCUAGAGACCUACUCUCCGAGUGAGAUAUUACAACAGUAUUACAGCGGGGGCUGGCAUUACUCAGACAAAGAUGGUAGACCCCUGUAUGUGUUGAAACUUGGCCAGAUGGACGUCAAAGGACUUAUGAAGUCAGUUGGUGAGGAAGCCAUUUUGAAACAUGUUCUGUAUGUAAAUGAGGAGGGGCUCAGAAUAGCAGAUGAGGCCACCAAGUCACGGGGUUAUCCUGUCAGUGCGUGUACAUGUAUAGUGGACCUAGAGGGACUCAGCAUGAGGCAUUUAUGGAGGCCAGGAAUCCGAGCCCUGCUACGCAUCAUUGAGGUGGUGGAAGCUAAUUACCCAGAAACCAUGGGGAGACUUUUAAUUGUCCGAGCCCCCAGAGUGUUUCCUGUGUUAUGGACUCUUGUGAGCCCUUUUAUUGAUGAAGAUACUCGCCAGAAAUUCACAUUCUAUGGAGGAAAUGAUUAUCAAGAGCCAGGAGGACUGAGAGAUUUUAUUGAUGAAAAAUAUAUUCCAGACUUUUUGGGUGGUGACUGCUAUUGUGAUGUACCAGAUGGUGGUUUGGUUCCCAAGUCUCUCUACAAAGAAGAAUUUCAGGACAAAUCUCCAGAGGGCCCCCCUCUCAGUAUUGAUAGCUGUUACAACACUAGUCACGUAGUCAAGGAUUAUCCUCACGAGGUAUUGAUUCAGGUUCCUCAGAAAGGAUCAGUGAUAACUUGGGACUUUGACAUUCUGAAAGGUGAUGUCACCUUUACUGUUUUACGCUGUAAGCGGUCCAUAUCAGCUGACCCAUUUCAUCAGCAUCACGUCAGCACAGCCACAGGAGGAAUCGGAUCUGUACAAUAUAUUGAUAAAAACAUGCAAGUGGGUCCAGACCUUAGUAUUGUGGAAAGACCUCUUAUAUGUAGGGACGGAGAUAGUGUACAGGGAUCUCAUGUUGUUAGUGAAUCGGGAAGUUACAUUCUACAAUGGAAGUACUUUGACUCAGCCAAGACUUCCUUUGACUUUACUCUAGCACCACAUAAAUCCAAAGUUAUGUACCACACUGAACUGCUCAGAUCAGAGGCAUUCAGGGGUUCAAUGAGCAGCUUACAAUCCUAUCACAGUGGUUCACUCAGUAGCCGGGCAUCACAGAGUAGUUUGACUGGUUCCUUAACUAGUCCCGGGCCCUCAUCCAACCCUAACAGGUUGGUGGAUUCAUCGAGAUUAUCCCGACACUGAGAUGCUGCAGCAAGUCAUAUCCUAUAGUUUUAUCAAAGAAUUGUUAACCUUAUAUACUUGUUAAGUUUUAUCCAUACAUAUUUACAUGUACUUUUGAAUUUUUAUACAUUGUUUCAAAUAUAUGUAGAAAUGAAUGGAUUUUAGUAUCAAAAGUGAAUACAAUGUAAUUUGUUAGCUAUUUUCUUGAUUGCAGUUUCAGAAUAACUUUAUUCUUGUUUUGAAGUGCAGGACAUUUUUUUGAUGCAGGCAGUUUGUAUGAUGAGUUAAAAAAAAAGGUGUGUAAUAAAUUAAUUUCUUAAGAAUGUUAUGAAAAAUGAGCAUUUGUAGUAGAUGUUUUCUCUAUAGAAUCUUUAACUUCAACAUUUGAAUACUUAGUGUCACAAGUUCAGACAAGUGCCAUAUUUAGAAUGUGAAAAAAAGUAGAAGUAAGAUCUCAGGAAGAUUAUUGUCUAAAUUCUCUUAUUAAUACUAAACCAUGUCUUGCUUGUUUAACAAUCAGUGCAAUGUCUAGAAAAAAAAUA